AUGUCUAUAUAUCUUGUGGAGGUUGACAAAGACCAGCUGGGUUUUGUAAAGUUUAUUCUUUUUUUUUCCUGCAAUCUUUGCCUGCAAUCUUUGCCUCCUCUUCCUCUCCCCGUUCCUCCUCGUCUUUAUCCUGCUCUUUUCUCCUCCUCAUUCAUUCUCCUCCUCAUUCAUUCUCCUCCUCAUUCAUUCUCCUCCUCAUUCAUUCUCCUCCUCAUUCAUUCCCUCCUCAUUCAUUCUCCUCCUCAUUCAUUCUCCUCCUCAUUCAUUCUCCUCCUCAUUCAUUCUCCUCCUCAUUCAUUCUCCUCCUCAUUCAUUCUCCUCCUCAUUCAUUCUCCUCCUCAUUCAUUCUCCUCCUCAUUCAUUCUCCUCCUCAUUCAUUCUCCUCCUCAUUCAUUCUCCUCCUCAUUCAUUCUCCUCCUCAUUCAUUCUCCUCCUCAUUCAUUCUCCUCCUCAUUCAUUCUCCUCCUCAUUCAUUCCUUCUUGUUGUCAUUGUUGUUGUUUCUCCUCGUCGUUUCUUCUCAUCAUCUUUAUCUCCCUCCUGAUGCAUGUGCAUUUAAUUAA